GUUCAGCCUCCAUCGAAUACAGAGUAACCUCAAUCAUCGACAAAAAAAACAGCAAUAUGGCGCCGAAAAAGCAAAAAGGACCCAAGAUGUCCCUGAACGAGUUCUUGGGCGAUAGUGCCUUGGGCUCUUGGGCAGAUGAAAUGGACUCUCUUCCGAGCGCUCCUGCUACCAAGACCGACGAGGAAAGAGCUCGUGGUGGAGAUCGAUUUGGUAGAAGGGACGACUUUAUGAGUUCGCGGCCCGAUCGACCGUCUGGCCCUCCUCGUGAAGAUCUCCCUUUACCCACACAACCCCCCUAUACUGCUUUCAUAGGAAAUCUCGCAUUUGACAUGACGGAGUCAGAACUAGAGAGUUAUUUUGCUCCUCAGCAAACCAUCUCGGUCAAGAUCAUCAAAGAUAGAGAAGAUAAACCCAAAGGCUUCGGGUACAUCGAGUUUACUGAGCUUGAAGGUUUAAAAGAUGCAUUGGCAAAGAGCGGAUCAAAUUUAUCCGGUCGCACCAUACGUGUAAGCGUGGCGGAACCGCCUAAAGAGCGUGCCGGGUUUGGUGGCGGUUUUGAGGACGAUACAAAAUUUGCCGGAAAUUGGCGUCGUGAAGGCCCCAUUGCAAGCCAGCAAGAUUCACAUGAGUCUUCACGUCGUCGCUUUGAUGGCCCUUCCCCAGCUGAACGCGCCCCUUCUGGUGUUUCGGAUGGCAUCACCGAUUGGAGAGCUAAUCGUCCCCCUACGCGCCUUGCUGAGCCAGAACCCCCAUCCUUCAAAAGAAGAGGCUCAGGCGUAUCUACUCCGGAAGCUCACGCGGGUGUGGCAGACAAAGAAGAAGUGUGGACUAUUGGAAGUAAAUUCAAAGCUUCUGCCACUGAGGAAUCGGGAACCAGUAAAUUUGGUAGCCUCAGAGGGCGGGGCGACUUAGGCCCAGCGAAAGAUGCUGUCAGUGCUAGCGACGAGGGCGACUGGCGAAGCGCAAAGCCCAAGUCAAGCAUUCAUAAUGGUAGCUCACCCACAAAUUCUACUCCGCCGACCCCUCAAUUGAGUCGUCGGAAGCUCGAACUGCUUCCCAGGUCUUCCAGCACCUCGGCAAGCCCUAGUCCGCUGUCAUCGCCUCGAAUCACUGCGAGCCCGGCUGGCAUAUCAAGGUCCAAUCCAUUUGGUGCAGCUAAACCUGUGGAUGUGUCAUCCAAAGAGAAAGAAGUAACUGACCGUAUUGAAAAGGAACGCGAUACUGUAAAAGACCGGUUGCCCCACCCCAUGUCGCGCACAAAUUCACGCCAAGCAACUGAGCGAUUUUCGGGAACACGUGCUAGGACACCGCCAGUGCCACAUGCUAUCGUUACACCCCCUAUUCCAGGAUCACCCAAGCCUUUGAAUUCAGCUGCCGCCACCGUUAGGCCGUCAAUAAGUUUCGCAAAUGCCGCCAGCGCAAAAAAAGACGACACAUCUAUCAAAGCUGUUGGUGAAGAUAUGAAAAAAAGUGGAGAUCAUGCAGAGGAUAUAGCAGAUCAAAAGGCCUAAACCGUCAUAUGAGAGAAGCAUUCGUUUUUGUGGAAUUCGCUUGUUCUCCUUGUAUGAACUUGGGAAGGUUUACUCACUUGCACCUGCUUAUCGUAAUCUAUGCAGUGUUUUGUAUUCUAAUUCCAUUGAUUAUUUACAAAAGGGGGGUACUGCAUCAGCGUCCUGAACGGAAGUCUGGGUCUAUGAAUUUCAUGCGUCCCCGACCUAUAGAAAGUGAGUGAUAUGGUGCACAAACAAAGUUGCACUGACCUUUGAAGCGUAUGCCGCCUUCAUCCUGAGACAUGUAGGUAUGGUUUUUCUUGAUACGUUCUAAUUCUCUAAUCCUGGUGGCCUCCAGUCGCUGGCGUUCUUCUCGUUCAAGUCUGGCAUCGUAUUCUUCUUCUGUUUCUACUGCGGGAUUUGUAUCAAUUUGGCUGCCUUGUCCGUCGGGGCGAUCUUGAGGUGUAGAACGAUGAUUUUUAUAUUUCGACUUCUUUUGCUGCCUCCACGACUCCUCUGUAUCUGUAUCACGUGCUUCCCGUCUCUUGCGAGAUGUCUUCUUUACAUCAAUUGAUGGAGAUUGAAUAUCAG